AUGGCAAUCACGAUUCUGGCCCCAGCUCCUACUGUUCCUUAUCAAACAAGGAAUGACGCGGAUGAUGAUGAUGAGAAUGGCGGUGUUGAUUUGGAAGGGGAUUCUGAUAUGCGACCUUCAAAAAGAGCUCGGCGAGGCAAGGAUAUCGUAACACCUGGAGAGACGGUCACAGAUGAUCCGCAAUGGAUGAGAGGUCAUGGCACAUACAUUGCGCCUUCCAGCACAGAAAUCAUUGCAACGGUAGCAGGCACAGUCCAAAAGACAAACAAGCUUCUCUCUGUCCGGCCCUUACGAGCGCGUUAUACCCCCGAAAUUGGCGACUUGGUCGUAGGGCGUAUAAUCGAAGUACAAUCCAAGCGUUGGCGCGUUGACGUUGGAGCUCCCGUACUGGCUGGUCUUCCACUUUCAGCCAUCAACUUGCCUGGAGGCAUCCUGCGGAAGAGAACAGAGACAGACGAAUUGCAAAUCAGGACAUUCUUCAGCGAAGGCGACCUAUUGGUAGCGGAGGUACAGAGUCUGUAUCAAGAUGGAAGCGCCAGUUUACACACGAGGAGUUUGAAGUAUGGGAAGCUGAGGAAUGGAGUAUUUAUCAGUGUCAGCGGAACAGGCGGUGGAGGAGGUGUGGUCAGAGCUAGGAGGCAAGUAUGGACAAUCGAUACUGAUCAUGGCGGGGGAAAGGUCGAUGUGAUAUUGGGAGUUAAUGGUUACAUCUGGAUCAGCAAACACGUCGAAGUCGCUGGAGGUGAUACUGCCAUCACGAGGAUUGAGGAGAACGUCAGCAGUACCAUCUAUUCGAGUCAAAACGACGAAAUUCCUGCCGAGACAAGAAGAGAAAUUGCGAGGAUCAGAGGCGUUAUUACAUUGCUUGUAGAAGAGGGGUUGAGGGUCGAUGAAGAUAUGGUCAUGAGGGGCUAUGAAGCCGCUGUCAUGGUUGAUGAUGAGAAUCCGGGCGAGAGUACCACGUACCUUGGAGGAGACAUGGGAAAGAGAGUUCUGGAGAUGUUGAGCGGUACAUAG